AGCCGGGCCGCCCCGCCGUCACGUGACCCGCGCGCCGGGACGAGCCGGCCGCUUCCGUGGGGGUCCGCGCGCGCGCUCCGGGGGCGGGGCUUCCCUCAGGACAAGACAUUAGUCUAGAUGUAGUAAAUUGGAAGAAAUGGAAGAAAGGAAGAUCAAGAGGAGGAGCCCCAAAUCAUCUUCCAGUCACUCUACUCAGGUUGCUAACUCCAAGAAAAGCUCAGUGCCAGUCAGUAAAAGUACAGCCUUUUCCAACCCUGCCCCACAGCCUGCCGUGCAAAAACCAAAGUUAAAACGUGUGAUCAAAGAGAAAGCCAAACCCCCAGGAGGUGAAGCAAAAGGGGCACAGGCAGCACCAAUCCAGCAUUCUUUUCUCACAGAUGUAUCAGAUGUCCAGGAAAUGGAAAGGGGACUUCUGAGUCUCUUGAAUGAUUUCCACUCUGGCAAACUUCAAGCAUUUGGAAAUGAAUGUUCCAUUGAGCAGAUGGAGCACGUGCGGAGUAUGCAGGAGAAACUUGCUCGCCUCAAUCUGGAGCUCUAUGGGGAGAUGGAAGAACUCCCUGAAGACAAAAGAAAACUAGCCAGUGAUUCCAACCUGGAUAGACUGCUGUCAGAUCUAGAAGAACUAAAUUCAUCUAUCCAAAAACUACAUUUAGCAGAUGCUCAAGAUAUUCCAAAUGGUACUACAGGCUGACAGAGAACAUCUUUGUCAAUCUGGAUUCUCCCAGAUUUGCUUUUGUUUUUCCAGACAAUGGAAUCAAGAAGAGUUGUGACUUUGUGUUGUUUGUUUUUAAUUUUACACAUCAAAGAAUCAAAGUGCAAAUCCAGGUGUUUAUUUUGCACAUUCCUUUGGGCACUGCAUUAUGUCAGGGCACAGUACCUAGAGUUGUAAUUAAUUGUGAUGCCAUGCUUUCUAUUAUUGCCUUACUUAACAGAAAAAUUGGAGAAACUUGGAAAUAUAUUUCUUCUGCUUAGCGUUCAUAUGGUUGCAAAUAGUGUAUGUAUAUAAGUUCAUUGGCAUUUCUCCAGUUUUUGUGAAGAUAGUGAUAAUGUUGCCUUUCUGAUUAUUACAUAGACAAUCUGCUCACUUUAGUGUUUUGUUGAUUGGUGAUGCCACAGAUUAAUUUACUGUUAAUAAAAUGAAGUUUUAAAUACAUGUUUCAUUUGCAGAAGCUGCUAUUGGUUUGGCUGUGUUAGGAAGACAAGUUUUAGCACUGUCCAAAUGUUUGCAGAGUUUACAUUUUUCCAUUACUAUGCAUAGUAAUAAAACGUCACCAGAUUAAAACUGCCAUGUUAGCAGUCCACAUAAAUUAAGUAUUGUGAAAUUCCAAAAUUGGGUAGUUACUGUUCAAUAAAUCCAGCAUAUUCAAUUUUGUAGUUACUCUGAUGUUGCUAUUAAUUGGUAUCAUCUUUCUAUGCACAGUCAGAGAAAAAAGUCUGUAUUAGUUUAGUGUAAAAUCAGGCUGGUUUUAGAUCCAAAAUUUCUAUCUUGGUCCAUCAAACCAUGCCUUUGGUUCUAGAUUUAUUUUAUAUCCAGAUUUUAGGUAACACAUUCAGAUUCCACAGAUUUUACACUUACUGAACAAGGAGUGGAAUCUUUAUCCUUCUAUGUGAGCGCAAAGCUUUUCAUCAGCCCAGAGUGGGUGUGUGGCCAGGGAACAGAAGCUUCCUUUUGUCUGGCAUCUUUGGAGGAGCAGCUUCUUCAGCCAUAAGAUGUAGUUUUGGAUUGUGCAGCAUGCUGGGGACAGAAGGAUCAUUUAAUCAGCACUGAGUGCUCUGGCUUGCAGAUUCAGCCUCAAAUUCCCUGCCUCACCCAUCAUGUAAAUCUCCAUGAUUUACAAAGCAGCAGGGAUCCCAGUGGUUGUCCCCUCAGGUUGUUCCUGUUCUUUAUACAAUUUAUCUCCUUUGUUGCCAAGAUUCUCUAGGAGUUUGCAUGCUGGUAAAGGUACCUUGGAGUUUCUGCCUGUAGCUGGGUACAUACCUGUGAGCUGAAGUCAGCUGAAGAGAACUAGAAUAUGACAAGCUUCUCACAAAGUGAAGCCAAGGGUGGUGUUUGUUCUCCUUAUACACACCUCUGACCAAUAAUUGAGCAAUUAUCACAGAACCUUCUCACAUCAGCACUAUGCACUUGUUUCUGGGCAGACUUCUGAACAACAAGUAAAAAUGCAGUAUCUUUUAGCUUUGUGCCUCAUACCAGGUGUGGCAAAAAGAGCUGCAGUUACAAACAAAGUUGUAUUCUUGCAGCUCAUUUGGAUGCUGGAGCAGAGCUCUCUGCUUACUAGCAGCUUAUUGCCAGCAAGUGCAGUGUAUCACAGCAUGGUAAUGCACACUCGUCCCAAAGCACACUUUUAAUAUCAGAGUUCAAAUAUUCUGUAUUAGAGGCAGAUCUUUCCCAUUUCUGGGCUCUUGACAUCAACCUGCUUAGGCUUACUAUUUCAAACACAUUUCAAAUCACUUAGAAAUGUGUUGGAUGUCUUGAUCUCAUUUCUGUAGCAAUUUAUGCAAAGACAUAACGUCUAAUUUCAGAUACAGACAUAGUAAUAAGAACAUACCUUUCUCAAGCAGCUGUUUAGAAUUAUACAAAAAUUAGCCCCUUUUCCUUCAAUUGCUUUAAACCCAUGGGCAAUUACAAGUCACAAAGAAUGCAUUAAUUGUAAAUAAUUGAGAAAUUAAGGAAUUCUUUUUCCCUUACCUCCUCCUGGAUACAACUUUGUGUCUUUGAUACAGUCCAUUAAUGGCAGGUGUUUAUUAACUUCUGGAUUCAUACAAGAAAAUUUUGUAGCAAGACUUUUGAGAUACUGAACUCUUUUAUGUGGUAAUGAACUAAUCACAGUUCUAGGCUCCUGCAGGGAAAGAAGAAAAAUCUACAGUAAUGUAUUUGUGGAAAGUCUUUUGUAAUUAUAAAAGUAUGUAAGUGGCUGCAGAAAAUGAGCUCCUUUUCUGUUGUUUCCUGAAGAGCUGUUUAUGGAGAUUGAAGUGUAUUAAAAGUUUAAUAUAUUUACCAGUGUGAGUUUAGGCCAGUGUUGUUGUUUAAAAACUCAGACUGAUAAAUGGGUCUUGGUGUUUGGAAGAAGGUGCUCUUUGCUGCAUCGCUGUGGGGAAUCUGGGACACAGCUUACAUUUUCCUCUAUGCUUCCAGUUCAAGGCAACAACACUGGAAUAAACAGAUGGGCUGAGUGUGUUAAUAUAUGGCUUAAUGCCUGGUGUCACUGCCGAAAUUUUGGGGUUUUGACAAUGCAGUGGCCUAUGCAGCACCAGCCUGCUGGCAUCAGAUGGGAUUCAUCCUUCUCAGUGAGGGAGGAGUGUCUUUGCUCAGGAAGGAGCAGGGCUCACUGGCAGAGCUUUACAGUAGAUGGGAUGGGAGAUUGGGACAGUACCAGGCUUGUCCCUGGCAAGAUGUGGCAUGAGAUGCAAAGGUCCUUUGCCACUCCCAGCUGUGCUGGCCACACUGGAGCACACCUGCAGUCCCAGGGACUCAUCUGGUAGCAGAAGCCAACAGGAAGACCCAAGGAGGAAACAUGUCAAAGAAAAUAAGGAGUGCUCCUUUGUGAAGGAUUCAUUCUGCAAUGAGACUAAACAUUAUAGAUUUCUGAAUCAGCACCAAACUUUGCUGAAAUAAAGCUUUACAAAGAGA